UUAGGAACAAGAUGGCACCAGCAUUAUUUAUUUUUUUUAUUUAUAAAAUGAUAAAAAUACAGAUUUUUGCUAACCUUGGAGAAACUUUCAGAAACAGACAAGUUUGCAGUAGGACUUUUUUUUAAAUGCUAACAGUAUGCAUUUUUGGUAACCAUGGAGACUGUGGUGCUGUGAAGCAUGUGGGGAAACGUCAUGACGUCAGAACGUACAGGUGUAAACACAACAGCUGAGUUUAGCAGGUUGAAAAUGUUGUGGGAGACUCAGAUGGUUUUAAGUUCAGAGCUGAUCCGGUUUGUGAACUGAUGUUCAGAUGUUGUUUAAAACACAGCGUCAGAUUUGAGCUGAACUGAGCUCAGCUCUCAGUGGAAUCUGUCAUCUAAAUCCUUAAACUCCACAUGUUGUUAUUUCAUCACUCUGAAAAGUGUUUUCAGUCUGAAUCAGAGUCCGAGAGCUGUUGUGCUCUUUUAUUCUGAACUGUGUCAGUGACUGUAUGCUCAUGCACGCAUUUUGAUUUCCAGUUUCUAACUUGGAGACUGUAUUGUGACAGAACAUCAUGCGUUUGUGUGCUUAUUUCUCAGACGGUCUGUUGUUGGUUGCACAUGAUGCUGAGGUUCAGCAUGCAUAAUCAUGACUGCGGUUUUGUGCGCCACAGCUGGUUAAUGUAUCAGUGUUUUAUAGCGGUGAUGGAGAAUGUGGCAUCAUCUUACUACCACAGUGCACAUAGUACCAUUAAAAGGUCUCUGUUAAUCUCUCUUUCUCUGCUUCCUCCCUCGAGUCUUCACCCAGCUCUCCUCCUCACACUCUCACUUCUUCUUUUAUCUCCAUCCCAAACUUCUUACGCAGCUUUUCCCCUUCCACACCUCCUCCCUCCCUCCUUAUCUAUUCCUCUGCUCCCUCCCCAAGACUCCUUUCUAACAUCUCCCCUUCCCCUCUAACACUUCCUCCUCCUCCCAACUCACAUCUCCUCCCUCCCUUAUUUUCUUUUGCAAUCUCCCCUCCCCAAGUGUCUCCUACUCCCUCCCUAGCUUCUCUUCCUCUAGCUCCUCCUCCUCUGUCUUUUCCACCAACUCUAGCUUGUACUCCUCCUCUAACUCCUCUCCAACUUUAGGGCCUCCUGAAGGUGAACCUCCGGCAAAAUGCCCUAAAACUUGACCUUAAUUAAUUUUAACCACAUUUUUUUGUCACUGUGUUGUAGUUUCCUCUCCAAAAACAAGGUCUGCUGGCCAACGAGGUAAUUAAGAUGAAUCCACAGCUGCCGCAUGUAAAGGGCUGACUUCUGAUGACUCCAGGAACCAAGACGAAAAGACACCUGAAAAAGAGAACCCCGGUAGAUGAAGGGACAAGACACAGCUCCAGCAGUUAGAUGACGGAGGACGGAACCCACCAGAAGAGAACGAUGCUCAGAGAUGAGGAGCCUGGAGAAGCAGGAUGCACUGAUCUUUCCACAACGACCCCCCCUGAAGAAUCGCCCCCUUAUCCUGGUGGAGGCUUUAUGUGUCCCUGUGAUCCUAGGAAUUGUGCUGUCAGGGACAGUAGCCCCAAAUCUCCAAAGUGAGCUGGUCCCAGACCAAGAGCGCUUCACAAAACCUGAAUGAAUUUGACGACAAGGAACAGCAAACAAGACCCCUUUUGGAGCUGAGUGAAAAGAAGUGGAGCUGGUGUGGGAGGUGGAGCAGUAGUUCUAAUGGAGGAGUCUGAGAGACAUCAUUCAACAGCACCGACUUCUGAUGACUCAUGAACCCAAGAAGAAAAGACGAGUGGACGGAGGACCCCAGUAGACCAAGAGAAGAGACACAGUUCCAGGAGUUGCAUAAAGACGACAGACUGAGCCCACCAGAAGGGAACCCAGAGAUGAGGAACAGUCUGCGAUGAGAAACAUAAAUGACUUUCUAGGGAGCUUGAUGCACUGAGCUGCCACCAUGACACCAAGUAAUUUCAAAAAACAAUCAGAGACAAAGGAAAAGUCCCAAAGAAGAAGGAAAUGAGCAACAGAAGCAAGAUGAGAAAAGAAAUGACCGAAACGGAUCCAGGACCAGAACAUGAGAUGACAAAUAACACAAGCUAAGUCCAUGAAGCAAACUGACUCAUUAGAUAUUUCAUAUGCUCUGUUUUUGUUCUCUUUCGAACUCUCUCCAAGACCCACAACAACAAGAAGGAUCAGAGCAGAACAAGGAACCAGAUGUGGAACAAUGAGCAAAGAAUCCCUGUCACAGAGAAAUACAAGAGGAGGAAUCCAGAGAAAACUCCUGCAGUCAGAGAGAGAACAUGAACUCCACACAUGAAGAACGAGCCGACCAGCAGCCUUCACCUUUGCACCAGCACGGCAACCAUGAAAACACCUCAAGAUGUCCACUGGAAUUGGAUGUUGCUGUCCAGAUUUGUUCUGUCUCAAUGAAAGAAGCUCCUCUCUUGAAUAAACUCUUCUCCGAGCAGAAACCUCCAUCAGCAGCUGACGAAUCACAACAAAAUGUGAAAGAAUACAGCAAAAAUACAGCAAAAACUUAAAACAGUUAAGAAACACCAAACUCUGCAGCCACUUUCAGAGGUGCAGAUUCCGGAAUAUACGUAGUACAGUUGUCUGAGUCCCUACUUUUCUUACCACACUGAGGCAGCAAAAGAAAUGGUCAGACGAGCCCCAGGGUGAGGAAAGAUAGAAGAAUCGGCCCCAAGACGAGGUGAGGAAGACGACGAGGAACAGCUUAAAACAGUGAAGAAGACGACAGAACCAGGAAGAGGGAAAACGAAAAUGAAGAAGAGCUCUGGAUAAGAAUAAGACAGCUUCGGACAAGAGCAGAUACCAAACUGAUGCUGGACUGAUGCUGGACUGAUGCUGGACUGAGACUGGACUGAGACUGGACUCAAAGGAGAAAAAAAAAGGAGAAAAAGCCUCAAAUAAAAGGCCUGUAUUUGUUUCUACCUUUUCCAUUAUAGGCUCUUCUUUAAGAGUAGAUUUUACAGAAACAUAUUUUAUGGCUGGAAAAUCAGAAUAGCCAAAAACAAACAAAACCAAGCAAAGAAACAGCACUAUUUUAAAACCAUUGGAUAUCUCUCACGUAGACAAAAUGUAUUUGAAUAUUUUACUGUUUGUUUGAAAACUUGGGAUAAAUACACAGAAUGGUAAAGUGACUGAUUACAUAGAAAUGCUGCACAUCAUAAUAUUAAUAAAAAUGAAAAUAUCCCUCAUUAUUUGGCCAUAUAAAAGUUUCUACAGUGGUUUAAUAUAUGCAGUCUUGUAGUAAUUUUUAACGUGUAAAUAUAUAAUUGGAACGUAAUGUUGAUGAGCAGAGUUGGAAUUCUGUGAAGGUGGUUGUAAACAAUUCUACAGCGUUUAUCAAUUUAACUUAUUCAUUCUAAUUCCCACAAACUCCUUCAAGACCGAAUAAUAUUUCUGUGGGAUUUUAAUCAGUUUUUGUCUAAACUGGAAGGAGUCUUUUCUUUCUGAUCGUUUAUCUGUGUGAUACUCAACUUAUAGCUCAGGAAGCAGGUUUGAAAAGCCUGUUAUGUUUUUAACAAUCACCAAAACCACUGAGCUGAUCAGAGCUCGAAACUGCAAAACCAAAACAAUCAUUAGAUUUUAGCUUUCCUUCGCCCCUUGAACUGCUUACCUAUGUGUUUAACUAAAUCUAAGUUUAAAGCUGUGAACUUCCAUCAUAAUCACCUCAUUCUGUCUUAUUUAAGUAUGUAACACACAAAAAUCUGUUUUAAAUAAUAAUGAUUAACUUCUAUUAGUAAUCACUUGUGUUUAUGCUGCCUGUCAGUAUAAAAAAUGUUUGAAGAUGUAAAGCUGAUACCAUUUAACUGAGUGUAGUUUGUUGGUUGAACAUAAUUUUAUUAAAAGCUGUCUAUGUCAGACUGAUCACAAUCACCAUACCUCUCUACCUCUUCUGUCCCUCUCAACCCACCGGCCAGCAGGCAGAUGGUUCCCCCACAUAAAGAGCCAGGUUCUGCUCAAGGUUUCUUCCCUGUUAAAAGGGUGUUUUUCUUGCCACUGUCGCCUUAGGCCUUGCUCUGGGGGUUCAGGCAUAGCGUUGGCAACACUUAAACCAUCGUUCCAGUUUCAAGCAAAUUGAAUAAGUGCUGUGGUAUGACUGUCUUUUGGCUGCAGGUUCUGGGUCAGUCCUGCAUUUUUCACCAGUUUGUAUCCACAGUUUUCAGAGCAGGUUUCAUCUGUACAGUAUUUAAGAGUCUAAACAGGAGUUUCAACUAAAUCCACAGUUAAACUGAAAUAAUAAACACUUCAGCUGGGCUCUAAAAAGUUAUUCAAGGGACCUAUAGUCUGUCAAAAAAAAAUGCAUGGCUACGAGAUAAAAAUUCAUUUCUUCCGAUUUAGAUCAACCUUUUAGAGUGACACCUGAGGAGAUCACCUGUCCCAGCAGGUGAGUGUGGAAGUUGGAAAUACGCUAAAUAGAAAUGACUCAACACAAAGCUACAUUUGGAUGAGAAAUGGUGACAUCUGAGUGGUUUCAGAGGCAAAGAGCAGGACGACAUGUUAAUUAAUGGUGAAUGUCACACACAAAACCUGUAGAACGGGAAUGUUUUGGUUUCAUAAAACAAAUCUCCUGUUAAGCAAAUACAUCUCAGAUUCAUUCCUGCAUCUACAUUUUAAUCUAGUAUUUUCUAUUUUGAUGAACUACAGAAUAAUUUGCAGUGUUUUGUUGAUUUUGUUGUUAUGACAUCACACAUGACAUCACACUCUUUGUGAUGUCACGUGUGAUGUCAUAAUGGCACCACACAUGACAUCACAAUUUUUGUGAUGUCAUGUGUGAUGUCAUAAUGGCCAGAAAGUCUAUAAAUACGUUUGUAAACCUGGAUUCAACUCACAAUUUCACAAAAGGUGCGUGAACGUUGGCGAUUUUUCAAAGCUGCCAAAACGCAAUUUGAUAAAAUGUCGGCACGCCUGAACAAGAUUUUGGAGAGUAUUGUGGAUCUGGACGAAGAGCAAAGCGAGUCUGUAGUCAGAAGCUCAGAAAGAUGUCCUUCAGCAGGAAGGCCUUCUGAGUCUGUGUCUACAGUCAACUCCAGGGAAACUUGUGAAAAAGUUUCCAAACAGACGGUCCAUGAAGAGUCUGAGUCCGAUGACAGAUCCUCCCAUCAAGAACCAGCGACUGAACUGGUCUCUGCUCCUGAACCCGCCACUUCCCAGGUCAGAAAAGAAUCACAUUCUUCGCUCUACUUGUCCCCCGAAGAAAAGGAUGUCGUCGGCGCUCUGCUGCUGAAGGCGAUGGCAAAAUUCCUCUGUAAAUCCAAGGGGUUAGUCACCUCAGAGGAACUCCAGCUCAUCCUGAAGCAACUGUUGAUCCUUCUGGAUGAACGCUACCUGUCACCUGACUUCAUCACAAAAAUAACCCAGGAGAUGGACAAAAUAUCGAAGGCCAUGGCGAAGGACCUUGAAAGGAUGUUUGGCUCUGCAGAAAAGCUGCUGGAGGCAGCGACGACUGCAAAAGAUGAAUCUUUUAAGGAUGCUGUGUGGAUGGUUUUGCAGGUUAAUUUAGAAGCCAUCCCUCGACCAGACAAUUUGAGAUCUAGAGUCUCUAGGUUCUUCUUAGCGGUGAGAAGAUAUCAAUUUUCCAAGGCUGCCAAAACGCAAUUUGAUAAAAUGUCGGCAUGCCUGUACAGGUUUUGUGAGAGCAUUGUGGAUCUGGAGGACGAGCAAAACGAGUAUGUAGUCAGAAGGUCAGAAGAGUCUGAGUCUGAUAACAGAUCCUCCCAUCAAGAACCAGCGACUGAACUGGUCUCUGCUCCUGAACCCGCCACUUCCCAGGUCAGAAAAGAAUCACAUUCUUCGCUCUACUUGUCCCCCGAAGAAAAGGACGUCGUCAGCGCUCUGCUGCUGAAGGCGAUGGUCAAAUUCCUCUGUAAAUCCAGGGCGUUAGUCACCACAGAGGAACUCCAGCUCAUCCUGAAGCAACUGUUGAUCCUUCUGGAUGAACGCUACCUGUCACCUGACUUCAUCACAAAAAUAACCCAGGAGACGGAUGAAAUAUCGAAGGCCAUGGCGAAGGACCUUGAAAGGAUGUUUGGCUCUGCAGAAAAGCUGCUGGAGGCAGCGAUGACUGCAAAAGAUGAAUCUUUUAAGGAAGCUGUGUGGAUGGUUUUGCAGGUUAAUUUAGAAGCCAUCCCUCGACCAGACAAUUUGAGAUCUAGAGUCUCUAGGUUCUUCGUAGCGGUGAGAAGAAACUAUCGCCGUUUGAAGAGGAGCUGGGUGGGAGUUAACAUCAUAGCGAUUACAAUAUUUAUCCUUUUUUUUAUAUCCACAUUUCGUUUGUGAGAAAAUCACAGUAUAGAUAAGUCCUUUAUUUCUCCCCACGCCAGGGGAAAUUGACAUUGUUACAGCAGCUUAUGUAGCAAUAGGUGUAGUAAUAGGAAAAAAAUAAUAAUAGAACAGUAGUAAUAAUUUUUACAAUAUGUACAGGGAUGAGAAAUGAGGACGAAAUAGUACAGUAUUGACAUACUGUAAGACAAGAAUCACAGUGGCUUAAAAAAAAAUAAAGCGCCACCAUGAAGGUCAUAUUUUGUAGUUAAAAUAAAAAUAAAAUAAUAAAAAUCAUAAAACCAGAAUAUUUUUUCUCUUUGUUGACUGUGUGCUGCAGCUUCUCAUGAAUUCUUUCUUCUUCUCACUUGUUCUGAGUGACUUUAACAGACUUUUCUAACAGACCUUUUUUAUAUUUGUAACUUCUGCUGAAGACAACAGAUUAAUGUGGGUCUUAUUGAAUAAAGUAUGUCAGUGUCUGAACUCAGCUGCUCUGAUCCUCACGUGAUUAUUCCGGAAGCGUCUCUCUGUGACAUCACACUGGGAGCUGUGCCACUCACACCAUCUAGCAACAGCCAAACAACAAGCCAGAAACCGAAGAUGUUUAUCGUCUUCAAACUCAACCAUGAAUUCAUUUUUUUUUCAGCAGAAAAAAAUUCAGAACAAAACAGAUUAGCUUCCAUAUAAUAAAUGAUAAAUAAAUACAUUUUCCACUUGUUCUAUUGGCAGUUUUUUUCACUUAUUUCAAGGUAAAAGUUCCUUGAAAUAAGUUUUUUUUGUUGUUUUGAGAGGAGCAUUUUUUCCAGUGCUUCUCAACUUUUAAGGUUUGUGACUCUCACAAAUAAACAAAUACACCACCGUUCAAAAAUUUGGGGUCAUCCAGACAAUUCCAUGUUUUCCAUGAAAACUCACACUUUUAUUCAUGUGCUAGCAUAUCUGCAAAAGGGUUUUCUAAUCAUCAAUGAGCCUUUCAACACCAUUAACUAACACGAUGUAGCAUUAGAACACAGGAGUGGAGGAGGAAAAUGUUCCUCUGUACAGCUAUGGAGAUAUUCCAUUAAAAAUCAACAAUAGUGAUCUGCCCCAAAAAAAACAGUUAAAAACUUUAAAAUUGUGCAUACGUAUAUAUCAAAUUUAAUAGAAGGGCUAUAAAUAUGUAAAACAAUGUAUGAAUUGAACGUCAAACAAUAUUUUCCAUAAAAAGCUGCCGACACUGGAAAAAAAUGCUCCUCUCAAAACAAGAAAAAAAAAUUAUUUCAAGGAACUUUUACCUUGAAAUAAGUGAAAAAAAAAUCUGCUAAUAGAACAAGUGAAAAAUGGCUUGGUAAGAUUUCUUGAAAUAAGAUAUGAUAUUUAGAAUAUUGAGAUCUUAAAAUUAGCUGGGAAACUUAUUUAAAGCUAUAUUUGCCAGGAUUGUCAAGCUUAGGUGUCUUAACCCUCCUGUUGUCCUCAUUUUCAGCACCAAAAAAUAUUGUUGCCUUGUCUGAAAAAAAUCCCAAAAUUCAGCAAAAAUUUCCCCAAAUUUAUAAAAAAAAUUUGUAAAAUCUUCAGGAAGAAAAUUCCUUAAAAUCUUCCCUUAAAAGUUUUAUUUUAAAAAAAAAUCCCCAAAUUUGGCAAGAAAUAAAAAUUUUUUAAAAAU